ACUUACUUAAUCGGGUGUGCGUGUCUUCGAUUUAGCAGACCGGUUUAGGGAUACCGGUUUAGCUUGAAAACAAAUCCAAUCAAUUCAAUCAAAGUUAUCUUCUUCUUCGCGAUCGCAAUCUUUUCUUCUUCUUCAGAAUUCAGAAUUCAGAUCAGAUCUCCGGCGACAAUCUUUGAGAUCUGAAUAUCUUACAAUAAGGAGAGAAAUAUGUACGGAUUCGAGGCGCUUACGUUCAACAUCCAUGGCGGAUACUUGGAGGCGAUCGUCAGAGGUCACCGUGCUGGUCUUCUCACCACCGCCGAUUACAAUAAUUUAUGUCAGUGUGAGAACCUAGACGAUAUCAAGAUGCAUCUCUCUGCUACCAAAUACGGCUCUUAUCUCCAAAACGAACCGUCACCUCUGCAUACUACCACCAUUGUGGAGAAGUGUACGCUCAAGCUUGUUGAUGACUACAAGCAUAUGCUUUGCCAAGCUACUGAGCCAAUGUCUACCUUUUUAGAGUACAUCAGAUAUGGCCACAUGAUUGACAAUGUCGUGCUCAUUGUCACUGGAACCUUGCACGAGAGAGAUGUUCAAGAGUUGAUCGAGAAAUGUCAUCCUUUAGGCAUGUUUGACAGUAUUGCUACACUAGCAGUUGCUCAGAACAUGCGGGAACUCUAUAGGUUGGUUCUUGUUGACACUCCUCUGGCUCCAUACUUUUCUGAAUGCCUAACAUCAGAGGAUCUGGAUGACAUGAACAUAGAGAUUAUGAGGAAUACCCUCUACAAAGCUUACCUUGAGGAUUUUUACAAGUUCUGUCAGAAACUUGGUGGCGCAACGGCAGAGAUUAUGUCUGACCUUUUGGCCUUUGAAGCCGACAGAAGAGCAGUGAAUAUCACCAUCAAUAGCAUUGGCACUGAGCUCACAAGAGAAGACAGGAAGAAACUGUACUCGAACUUUGGUCUCCUCUAUCCGUAUGGCCACGAGGAGCUUGCUAUCUGUGAAGACAUAGAUCAGGUUCGUGGUGUAAUGGAGAAAUACCCUCCAUAUCAAGCUAUAUUCUCCAAGAUGUCUUAUGGAGAAAGCCAGAUGCUGGACAAGGCAUUUUAUGAAGAAGAAGUCAGAAGGCUUUGCUUAGCCUUUGAGCAACAGUUCCACUACGCGGUAUUCUUUGCCUAUAUGAGGUUGAGGGAGCAGGAGAUCAGGAAUCUGAUGUGGAUAUCCGAAUGCGUUGCACAGAAUCAGAAGUCCAGGAUCCACGAUAGUGUCGUCUACAUGUUCUGAGUCUGGUAAGAAGUGUAAUCUGUCUGAAAAAUUGGAGGAUAAGAGGAAUUCAUAUGGUUGUUGGUUUUCUUCAUCACUCCAUUUUUACCAGAGAAUCUGCUGUACAAUCUUGCGGUCUACCUUCACUGUUUAUGUCGCUCAGCGUGAGUGCGUGUAUCAAAAACUCCUUAAUAAGAAUCUAUCCAAUUU